AAGUUUUUUGUUCAGAAGUAUAUUUGUGGCGUAAAACUGUGGUUAUGAACUCUUGCAAGUCGCUUCUUUCAUGAUGAAAUAUGUCUUUUGACAGCCCCAUCGUGGCAGUCUCGUAGAAGUUUCAGUGUCCGUGAAGAUUUUAGCGAUUUGUGGCGAUUAAACAUUCGCGUUUUGAAUACAAUAUAACAAGGAAUUUCGAGAAGAAGGGCUCCUCUUCGGUAUAAAUCGAGAGGGAUAAUAUGUUGGUAAUGAAAUGGUUGGGGGUUUUUUCUUUCUUGCUGGCAACUUGCUACGGUACAGACCCAACUCAAACACCAAAACGUCUCCAUCCGGGAUUAUUUUUCAGUAACAAGCCGGCGUUGCAGGACUCCCUUGGGAGAGGAAAUGACAACGCGGCUGUCACCUUAAGCUGCAUCGGUGGCAGCGGAGAUGGUCGGAGAGUUUAUUUCAAAUGGUACAAAAGUGGAAGUGAAUUGACGUCUGAUUCAUUCAGAACAUUGACCACUUCUGGAGACUUGAGAAUCAACCCAACAGACCAUACAAGAGAUGAUGGUUAUUAUCAAUGCUUAAUAACCGAUAACACAUGGUCAGUUUUAUCGAACAGUGCCGAGCUACGUCUGGCAUACAUCAAUGGUGUGACAAAAAGGGAUGUGACUGUGUAUGGUACUCAAUACCAAGGCUGGAAAUAUGUUUUUGAUCGCUCUCAUUACUCGUAUUCUGAAUAUCCUAAACCAAAGUUCAUCUGGAAGUUUAAGGGACGGACACUGAGAGAGAGUAAUCGUAUUAGUAUAUCUGCAGAAGGCAAUUUGUAUAUUGCUCAGUUGAGCCUUGAUGAUGCUGGGAAAUACACAUUUGAAAUGGAACUGGGUUCUUUGAAACAGCAAAGGGAAUCUGUCACCUUGCAAGUGGCCACGGCCUCAAGCACAUCAGAUAUUUAUGCAACGGUCAUGUUUAUGGGUCCAAGAAAUCAUGUUGUUGGUGUAAAACGACCUCCCUCAGUUACAAAGAAAGACAUAACUUUUGAAUGUUUUGCGACCGGAAAGCCAAUGCCAACCAUCAAGUGGAAAAAGGUUGGUGGAUCAGAGAUCCAGAGUAAUUCGAAAUAUGUGAUUACAGAUUACGGCAAAAGAUUGACCAUUAAGAAUCUUAUUAAAAGCGAUACUGGAAGGUACCAAUGCACCAUCACCAGAGCAGCGAGUGCGGUAUUCCCCGAAGCUAAUUUAAAAGUUGUUGAACAACCAGAGAUCAAAGCUUUAGAGCCAGAAAACCAGGUCCGUCACAUCGGCAAUUUUACGACGCUGACCUGCAUGGUGACUGGAUCGUUUUCCGGAGUCCGUUUUUCGGUCAAGUGGUACAGAAAUGGAAUAAAGCUGUCGAAAUCCUCCAAAAUAUCGUGGUUUUAUCGAACCCACGGUUAUUAUAGGAAUUACACUCUUAAUGUGACAAAACUAAACAAGGACAAUGAUGGUGGAAUGUACCAGUGUUUCGCUCAGAAUGAUGGUGGUAGUGAUAUGGCUUACACAGCGAUCAAUGUGCAAACUAUGCCACCUUACAUCUGGUAUGGCCCGGGAGAUGUGUACGCGGAAGUCAAUCGUCCGGUCAAAAUCGUGUGCAAGGCCAGGGGCUCCCCUCCUAUCACGUACACUUGGGAGAAGAAUGGCCGUAAAAUCACAAACCUCAACCCCCGUGAUAAUGGAAAGAAUGGCACUUACGUCAUCAGGAAUGUCGGAAGAGGUGACGUAGCUCAAUACACGUGUAUUGCAAGCAAUGGCAAGACUCUCGCGGACACAUAUAGAUCCACGGGAAGACUGGAACUAGUCAGCCCAACUGUCGUGGUAAAUAAGUCCAUAACAGUCUACGCUUCCAAAGGCAGUGAUCGUUACAUAUACUGCGGCGUUCGUUACGACAGGAAGAUUAACGUCACGUACAAAUGGUAUUUCAAAGACCAGCUGAUUGAGAGAACUAAUGCGCGAUAUCGCUAUGGAGACUGGGGACGAUUGAUUAUAAAUGGCGUUUUUGAACGAGACAAUGGUAUUUACCGCUGCGAAUCAACCUCAAGCGUGGGUCAUUAUUCCACGACAGUUGAAUUGGUCGUUCAAGCUCCGCCAUACGAGCCCAGAGUCCCGACGAUCGAUCUGGUCAGACCCGCCUCUGUGAGGCUGCUGUGGCAAGUCAGCAAUACUGGAAACAGCCCUAUUCAGUAUUACAAAAUCGGCCAGAGAUUUGUUGUCAACAAAACGGAAAUCGUUCUCAGGCAAAGAGUGCAUAUUUUCGGAGAUGUGAAAACUACCAAAGCAUACGAGGUCCCUGGUUUGACACCCUAUACAAGAUACCAGUUUCGUGUUCAGGCGUGGAAUUUUGUCGGAGCCAGCCCUUGGAGCGGCUGGUCCAAAGAAGUUGAAACGAGACAAGCAGCUCCGUCGUACAAACUUAAAACUGUGGAAGGGAAGGCUGUCGAUGAUGACACCAUUGAGGUCAAGUGGGAGGAGGCUCCUAGGUCCACGCACAAUGGCGUAUUGCGUGGGUAUUACGUGGCGUGGAAGUACGCGGGGAUUACCGUGGGAAAAUAUACCAUGGUGAAAGUUACUCCGGCAACUACGAGAAAGGCGAAAAUCACCAACCUCAUCUUGAACUCUCCGUAUGAAGUGAAAGUACAGCUGUUCAAUGAUGCUGGUGGAGGACCAUUCAGUGAUCCUGUUCUGAUAAGAACUAAAGAAGGAAUCCCCAGCAGUCCACCGCGCAAUCUGGCAGUCAGGAAUGUCUCAUCUCGCUCUGUCCUUCUUGAAUGGGACGAUCCACCCCAACAGGAUUGGAACGGAAAAAUUACCCGAUAUAUUAUACGCGUUUGGGAAACUGCUAAGAAUGACGAGAAAGAUUUUGAAGACAGGAUUGCGCUACACGACCCGUCAACCUUCACGCAAGUGUUCAACGUGACAAACCUGAAGACGUUCACUCAAUACAAGUUUGAAGUGAGCGCUCAGAAUAGCGUUGGUGGAAGUCCAUUUUCCAAAUCUGUACAAGUCAAGACAACCGAAGACAUUCCCAGUGCUCCGCAGCGUCUUCAAAUCGUCGACCAGUUCUCGGACACGAUCAGCGUGAAAUGGGUGAGACCUCGCGAGGUGAACGGUGUUCUAACGGGCUACGUCGUGGAAUAUUGGCGGCUCGACGAUUUUGGGGAUAAGGCUGGGGAGGUAAAAACUGUCGAAGCCGAAGGGGGCGCACUGCAAACGGGCAUAACAAACUUGCGGGCUAAAUCGAGGUACAAGAUUAGAGUCGCUGCAAGGACGAAUGCUGGCGUGAGCGAUUAUGCUGAGAUUGAAGGACGAACACAGGACGUUGCUGUGAGACCCAGAGAACCGAGUCAGCUGCGACUUUUCGACGUAAACGCCACAUCGAUGCAGUUAACAUGGAAGGAAGGUUUCAAAGGCCAUUCGCCCAUCAUCAAAUACCUCAUCGAAGGCAACAACGAGACGGGCUUCGCGAAUGAUCGCAGUUCCAAAUGGUUCACGGCCCUGAUCGUAAUCGAUCCUUUCAAGAUCUACAACCUACCUCCGGUCGUCAUCGGGACCGCGACGAUCUAUCGCUUCCGAGUUAGAGCCGAGAAUAAAGUUGGUGUUAGUGCAUUCAGCAACGUGUCCGCUGGUAUCAGCACUGCUGACGCACGUCCAUGGUCGCCGCCUGUAAACAUUCGUGUCUCGCCCGCACAGUAUCCUGGGGAGUUUUUCUUAUAUUGGAAUGCGCCUCCCAAAGAGACUUGGAACAGUCCUUUUAUAAAGUACACCAUUGUCAUUCAAGAAGAAGGGGAACAUGGAAAUUUUACCAAAUCCAUCUACAGCGGUAUCCGUGCGAAUGCCAGACGGUUUAGACUGACAGCAUUGUUGAAGUACACAUCGUAUGAGAUCAGAAUGAAAACAGUCAACGAGCUUGGCGAUAGUCCUUUCUCCCCCGUGGUUGUCUUGCGAACGCAGGAAUACGUUCCCGGCGCUGCGCCUCAUAACAUCCGGGCAAUUGGCACGUCUGGAUCGAGCAUUGAAGUGUCCUGGGACGAGGUUCUCGAGGAGAGCAGGAAUGGCAUUGUACUUGGUUAUAAGUUAUUUUAUCGUCUCGUUCAAUACGCACCCCACGAUUUUACCGAACUGGAUUUAGGUAAUGUCAAAUUAUACACACUCAAGAAUCUUCUGGGGUACACGCAUUAUGACAUCAGAGUCUUGGCUUACACCAAGAUUGGAGAUGGCAAAUUGAGUGACAGACUAAAUCCUUAUCCGCGAACUCUGGAAACAAAACCCGGUCCUCCAAGCAACCUUCGCUUCCCAACGGUUACCCAGUCGGUGGUCGUGGUGAACUGGGCACCACCGGAAAUGACUGGUGGAAAUAUAACACAUUACCGAGUGAGCUACAAGCUGCGUGAUGACGGCAAAUCUCAACUAGUUACCAGACCUUCGCUCAUCGCGAGAAAACGAUCAGAUUCAAUUCCUAAUCUUUCGUCUAAUAAGUUCUAUAUAUUCAAUGUGCAGGCCUACACGGCGGUAGGCUGGGGCGAGGAAGCCAGCGCGGAGAUUUUCACAAGUCGUAGAAAUACAAAAAAACCUGAAAGACCUAUUAUUCUUCCAAUCUCUGACUCGGAUAUAACUUGGCGUUCGAUAAAAGUUCGGUGGGCCGUCGGAAGACGUCGGGAUCAACCUAUCAGAUAUUUCACUCUUAGACUGCGCAAGCCUCAAGGAGCCUGGGAAAUACAUCCCAAGCCUUUGUCUGGUACCGACAGUGAGAUGAUUGUGUGGGGACUGCAAUCUAAUCACUUCUACACUUUUGAAAUCACUGCAACGAACGAUGCCGGUACCAGUCCUCCGAGCGCACCCUCGCCUCCUGUGAGGACGUUUAGGAAAUCAACACGAGGAAGUCCUCGUGAUGUGAGAAUUAUGUCACCAAGUUCAACAUCACUCACUAUUACAUGGAAGCCUCCAUCUUUGGUUGACAUCGAAACGACCAUCAAAGAAUAUCGUUUGGGCUACAGACUUCACGAAAUAAACCGUCCUAGUAAUAAGGUUUACCUCACCAUAGUUUUGUCGGCCCCUACGAGAAAGUAUGAACUCACAGGUCUUGAAGAAUACACAUUAUACGACAUCAAGUUAGAAGCUGUCGAUGUGAAUUUUGAAUAUCUGCCUGCCUACCUGGAAACACGGAGGACCUCGGCUGAGCGACCCAGACGACCAAGCCUGAAUGGUAAACCCAGUGCUGGUCCAACAUUCAUUACCCUAUCUUGGGGCUCUCCUGGUACAACGAAAACACCAAUCUUAGGAUACAAGGCUGAAUACAAGAUUCCUUCUCGCCGGCGUCGUGCCGUCCGCGAACACUGCGAAACCCCUCAGCCUGGGUCAGCUUAUUUCAGCAAUACCUCAACUAGUGGAACUAUAACAGGUCUUCAAAUGUACACAAGUUAUGUCAUCUCCCUGAAGUCAUUUAACACGGCUGGCGACAGUGACCCCAGUAAUUCAGUUUCUGUUCGGACAGCUGAAGGAGUGCCUGGUCCCCCGGCGGUGUUCGACUUUGAUGGCGUUUACGAUAUAGAGGUUCACAUAUAUUGGGAACGCCCUUGUCAACCAAAUGGUGUUAUUGAAAACUACGUCUUAACUGUGAGUUCUGGCGGAAGAAAAGUUCGAACAAAGGAACUCAGCGCGAGUUCUGGAGAGUAUAAAGUCCUGGGACUGGCACGAGCCAGGAUUUAUAAAUUUGAAUUGGUCGCAGAAACGUCGAAGGGUAAAGGAAUUGCUAAAGUGCUUGAAGCAAAAACCAAAUCUGUCGCAGUGAAACCGUCCCGACCGAAGAUAACACUUGUGACGGCGGAGAACGACGAAGUGACGCUCAGCUGGCGUGUUGUUUCCCAUGGCAACACUCCCAUCACGAAGUAUAUCAUAGAAUAUCGCUCUUCAACAGAGAAAAACCCCUGGGUCACGGGAUGGAGGCUCGACCCAUCAGAUACGAAAAAGAAUAGAACAUCCAGGACGUUCUACGUUGUGCUGAGAGAUCUGGAACCGAACACAGUCUACUGGUUCCGAAUGAAGUUGGAGAAUAAAAUAGGGUUUUCUGAGCCGAGCGACAGCUCUCCGUCUGUUUCAACAGGCCCAGCUCUUCCCGAAGCGCCAUCUGCUCUGAUAUAUGAAGAAAUUUGGUUCAUUUCAGUCAUGGCUGUUAUUGGUUUCCUUAUCAUACUCUUCUUGAUAAUCUGCAUCUGUUUGCUAUGCCGACGGAGAAGACGACGAAGUAAACAUCUAGCAUAUCCCAUUGAAAUGGAAACGCACAACAGUUUAGGACAUAGACCUUAUUCCAGUUUUGACGAGACGCUCAGUAAUGGAGGAAGUAAAACACACCGAGAUGAAAAGCCUCUCGUUGACGACGAAGAGAGCGAACAGGAGGGUGAGGAGGAGCAAGAGGAGGACGAAGCGAGUAGCUUGGAAACUAAGUCCGACAUCGAAAGUGAUGAAAGUUCUGAUGAUAUUUCGACUAAGAAACAAAAGAUGGAAAAGGCUUUACGUGAACAAGACAAAUACCGUGCUCCAAAGUCCUAUUCUACUGAACAACUUCACAAUUCGCCACCCCCCGCCUAUGCCACUUUUGCAAGCAACAGAGGCAAAGGCCGUUCAGAGCCUUUCCUAGACCCGUUCGGUGACUUUGAUGAUGACAUCAACAGUAAGUCCUAUCAACUUCCAUAUCGCCCGCCAACAAGACGGUCAGCGUUCGAAGCUUACGACGGAGAAAGUUCGGAGAGCUCCGAAAUCGCAAAUCGGAAACGAGGGGACCCGAGAUCAAGUAGCUUCAGACGCGCCCUGGUUACAGGUGGACCUAGUCAGCCCGAGCCUGAGCGGCCGUACGAACCUAAUCGCAGGCCACAACCGCGUAAAUAUCGUAGUCUGGAGAAAGCUGUGAACGAGAAUACUAAACCACCAAGUUACCAUGACGAUGAUGAUGACGAUGACGAUUCACAUCGGCCGAGUUUGCCGCCCGAGUAUCGUUCGGACAGCGGUCGCGAAAGUAGCGAUGAUCAUGAACGUAUACCUCUUACCCAGGCUAACUCGCGCUACGAACGCGAAGAUCGGUCAGAAUCACCUGCACCUGAAUAUUAUUCCGAUGAUUCAUCGGGAAGACGUCGACUCACCGGCGGAGGACCGACGCCACAACCAGAGAUUUCUUCAUAUUCGUCGUUCGUGUAGUCCAUGUAGGACUGGCCUAAAUGCCUCAACAUCCGUAAUCGAGUCCAGGCGCGGAUAUCGGAUAUCGGAUGGACGGCUGUUAUACAGCCAUUUUCGAAGAUGAAUAAUUUUAGUUCCACAUAACGCUUUGCCAAACAAAUUAUUUUUAUAGAAAAGUGUCGGGGGCUUGCCACCGACGACCAAACAUAUCAUAUACAUAGUUAGUUUUGAAGUUAGUAAACUGACUGCGAUGCUCGUCGUUGAGAUGUAAAAUUUUGUACGGAAAGAUUCAUUCGCAUAUUAAGCAAGUUUAAUAUCAUAGGCAACUUUAUACGUAAUGGCAAAACAAUUUAACUUACAGCGUUUUCAAUAAGCAUAAGCAUAAGCGUGCUUUAUUUGUGACAAUAUUUACGUUGUAUUAUAAAGUCAGAGGCGAAGUAGUAAAUGAUAUCUGACGUUGAAAUAGCUCAGUUUUAGUCAGUCUCUUUAAACAUUUCCAGCAAAUUCUGCAAUACUGCAAACGUGUAAACGGGCCUUAAGACAGUGUAAUCUCAGGUGAUUUGAAUGUUUGUCAGAUUUGAGGUCACGCUUGUGUUUUAAGAAAUUAUUUGCACAUUGCAGACAAAUUGUUCUUGGAAACACGAUUUACGAGUUUUUUUAUACAAUAACAUUCUAAUAAUAUUCUUGUAUGUUUGCAUGGAGACAUCAGUAAGUAAAUUAGCUUGUAGGUACACCACGUAAGUAUUUGAUACUGCAAAGCUUUCGGUCCGUUAACCCGGGCCUUCAUCAGUGCAUCAAUGAGGUGUACCUAUAAGCUAAUUUACUUCUAUAACAUUCUACCUGAACCGUGUGUAUUUUAUACUUCUACCUAGAAUUGUUGUGUGUUCCAAUAGGGAAUUUGCAGAAUCAUUAUUGCACAAACUAA